AUGCAGCAAAUCUUUCGACAAUUGGCUCAGUUGGGGCGGCUUUCUAUUAACCAGAUUGCUCAAAAAUGCCGUCUUCCCCUCCGCCAAGUCAAGACCGGUGUAGCGAGUUUGAUCCAGCUGCGGCUCGUCUACCACCACACAUCUCUAGAUGGCUUGUCAACCUACCAAGCGAACACCGUUAAUGCAUACAACAUUAUGCGUACCGGCAGACUCCUUGAACUUGUUGAGUCGAGGUUCGGGUCUGCAGGUGCGAAUAUUAUGGAAUACUUGGCUGUCGUGGGCUUUGCCACCGCGUGCGAGCUAGAGACCCGCGUUGUAGGCGAUGGAGACCCGUCCAAGUCAAUGGACAGGACUCACUUUCGAGCUCUGCUUAAGCAACUGAUUACUUCCAAAUUUAUUCUAACUGUUCGUGAGGCGCAUUUUCACUCACCGUUUGACUCUCGUCAGGAUGCCGAACGCUACUUGAGCGGUCAUGGGUUGCUCCUGCAAGGAACGGGAAAGAAAAUCAAAAUUGAUGGCGAAGCAAGGAUCGACGUCGAGCUCGAGCAGCGUCUAGAUGGCAGCAUUUCUUGGCCGCAAGUUUUGCAUGAGCUUGAAGCGAGUCCGAACAAGGCUAACAUCCUGCUCUCGGUCGACUAUUCAAAUUUGAUUCUUUACAUCCGCAAUGAAAGGGUGACGGAAGCUGCUGAGAAAAUCUUCGGCCGACGCACCGCAGAAGUUGCACGAGCAGCUUGUUUACAGCUUGAAGACAUCGAUCCACGACCGUUGAAACUACGACUACCGGAUAACCCAGGAGGCUCGCUCAAGAGACUAGACAUCUCCCAGAUAAGCAACUUUGUUUCUUCGGAGGUUCGACCAGCAAUGAGCAAUGGGCAAAGCUGGGAAAAUGGUUGGCUCGCGGCAGAGCAACCCUCGAAUGGCCAUCAUGACUAUGGAGUAAAUGGGACAAGCGGGGAUCAUCAAUUCAUCGAAUACCAGCUAGGGGUGCUGGCAGCAGGGCCUUUUAUCUUUCUCUUGGAGGAUCCUGCCACGAGAUCUUGGGCUGUGGACAAAGGCAAGCUCAACCAUUUUCUGUGGGAAAAGGAGAUGCUGCGUCUCGUUGACGAAAACAUGAGCGGACCGGCACUCAGGAUUGUUCGCAUGCUGGCUGACAAGGGGAAACUUGAUGAGAGGACAAUGCAGGAUGUUGGACUUCUGAAUGCUAAAGAGCUUCGAAUGUCUUUGGCAAAACUACAAAUGAAUGGCUUUCUCGAGCUGCAAGAAGUGCCGAGAGAUCCGCAAAGACAACCCAAAAGCACCACGUACCUCUACUUCUACGAUCCCGACAGAGUCCGAAAAGUCUUCCUCGACAAGUUGUACAAAACCAUGUCGAGAUUGUACGAGCGCCUGCACCUAGAACGAGAGAAGCUCUCAUCGACGCUCAGCAAGGUUGAACGAAGUGACGUCCAAGGAAGCGAAGAGGAGAUACUCUCACCGGGGGAGCUACAGGUACUCCUUCGCUGGCGACAGAAGGAGAGUUGGUUUAUGACAGAAAUUUACCGGAUAGAUGCUUCAGUCGCUAUUCUUCGAGACAUAUGA